AUGUUUAGUAUCCCUCAAACUCAGGGCCUGAAUAGCAGGACUUUCCGCGUGGCCCCCUUCAACGAGGAGCGACUUACUUUGCCGCAGGUGUACGAAUGGCAUCUUCAAAACUCGCCAGAGCACCCAAUCUUUGUGUACUAUUGCCACGAGAAUCACGUAGUCCGGACGAUUCGCAUGAAAGAGCUCGUCCACGGCAUGUACCGCGCGGCUGCGUACAUAGGUCCUUCAACCCGCUCAGAGGAUACUGAACGUGCCCAGGUGGUAGGAAUACUCGCUGCGUCAGAUUCGAUAACCUUUUUCGCUACGUUGCUAGGCGUGAUUCAUGCCGGGCAUGUUGCCUUUCCAAUUUCACCCCGUAACUCUCCUGCAGCACUCGCUCACCUUCUCGUAGAGGCUCAAGUUACGGUCCUCCUCAUUGGCCGAGAGAAACCGCUCAAAGGCCUUGCGGAUGCAGGACUUUCUGAGCUCGCAUCACAAAAUCCUGAUCGAGCGGCUACGCUGAAGACCGAUGAAAUGCCAGUUUUUGAGGACUUGUUUCCCCCUGAAGAGUUCGACGAACAAAAGCAGGUCUCGACGUCUCCUAGUAGAACGCCUAUAAUGGACGAUCCUGCGAUCAUGAUGCAUUCCUCUGGUUCCACAAGAUAUCCUAAACCUAUACCUUGGUCUCAUCGUGGUCUCCUCAUGCUGGGUGCCGUCCCUUUCUUUGGUCACGUCGAUCUCACCGACAUCAUAAUGGGAUGUCACACUGUUCCGAUGUUCCACAGCAUGGGUAUCUUCCAAUUGACCAUUGCGGGGACGACAGGGAUCACCUUGGCACAUUUUCAACCGUCAUCGCCGGCUGUGCUUCCCACACCUACCAAUGUCUUCAAUGAGACGAAGCUGACGAGGGCCGACUUGGUCUGCAGCGUACCUGCUUUCAUCGAAAAAUGGUCUCAGGACAUGGAAUUGGUUGCUCACAUGAAGACUAUGAAGGGUGUUAUAUACGGCGGUGGACCACUCAAUCGCCAGGCUGGAGAUUUGCUCGCAUCUCAUGGAGUGGCGGUGUACAUGAACUACGGAUGUACCGAAGGCGGCCCUAUUAGCGCCUUCAUCUCUGAACAUCCCGGAACGAACUGGGAAUAUGUGAUACCCUCACCACACCUGCGGACCGAAUUUGUCCCCUUUGCCGGAACAACGUUCGAAUUGGUCUUACUCGAGCGCGAUUCAUAUUGCCCGGCGGUCAUCAAUACGAAGAUUGGGAAUGCAAGAGGGUACGCUACAGGGGAUCUGUUUGAGCCACACCCCUCCGUCCCGAAUAUGUGGAGGAUCCACGGGAGAGCAGAUGAUCAAAUCAUGCUUUCCACUGGAGAGAAGACCAACCCUGGCCCUCUAGAGUCGAUAAUUUGUCAAGAUCCCAACGUCCGUGCUGCUGUCAUUUUCGGACGGGGAAGGACACAGAACGGCGUUAUCAUCGAACCCGCGAAUGAUACUGCCGUGGAUUAUACCGAUGAAGCGGCUUUGUCUCACUUUCGCAAUCUCAUAUGGCCUUCCAUCGAAAGAGCAAAUGAAUUUGCCCCUCAGCACUCAAGAAUAUUCAAAGAGGCAAUAUCAUCGUCAACCAAACCAUUCACGUACACAGCAAAGAACACCCCCCGGCGCCAGGCUAUCAUUGCUUCUUAUCAACAGGAAAUCGAUGCACUUUAUGAAACAGUAGAAGUCACCACACAGCGCAUGGUUUCCCCUCCGGAACAUUGGGACUCUAAUGAAGUUCUUGUUUUCGUUAGAAGAGCGGUGCUGAAUAAUCUAGACAAAGAUCGCCGGAUCAGAGACGACGAAGAUCUAUUUGAUGUCGGCGGAUCCGACAGCUUACGUGCAACGUGGAUUCGAAACACAAUCAUUCAUGCUGUGAGGAAUGCAAUGCCAGAUGUUGCUAGGAGGUUCACUCCAGACCUGGUCUACCAGCAUCCGACUAUCAGUUCUCUUGCCACUGCUAUCCUAGAAAGCAUGACGCGCAGCGCGAAAGAGGUGGUCAACAAGGCCGAGAAAAGGAUACGUGAGAUUAAGGCCAUGCUUGCAAAGUACAGCGGAGAGUUUCCUACACAUGUAGCGAGCCCGGUAGGGAGCGCAACUCAACACCACGUCGUGCUGCUCACAGGGAGCACGGGAGGAUUCGGAUGUGAAAUCCUCGACUGCCUUCUUCGUGACAAGUCGAUUGCGCGGGUGUAUGCCUUGAACCGUCUAGGGUUGUCUUCCCAUUCAGUACGGCACAGGCAAGUCAAUAUUCUGACAUUGCAUGGGAUACAAGAUAGCAUAUUGUCGGACAAGCGUCUCGUUCUCAUUCCUGCUGACUUGCACAAGGAACGGUUAGGUCUAGGCCUUGAGCUAUACGCAGAGAUUCGAGACUCCGUCACCCAUAUCAUUCACAAUGCUUGGCGGGUAGACUUCAAUCUCUCUCUCGCCUCCUUCGAAAGCAAUAUCCGUGGACUUCGCAAUCUCAUCGACCUUGCCCUUUCGUCUUCUGGUUGUUCGCCUUCGCGAUUGAUAUUUGUUAGUUCCAUCGGGCUUUUCGCAAACAUCGAUCCGCAUGGGCCUAUACCGGAGGGGCCUGCCGAGGAUUGUCGUGUUGCUCUAGGAACCGGCUACAGCGAGUCCAAGUGGGUUGCAGAGCGGUUGCUAUCGCUCGCCGCUGAACAAGCGUCCCUACCGGUAACGGUUGUACGCCUGGGUCAACUGACGGGUGCAAGGAAUGGAUACUGGAGCGAACGCGAGUGGUUUCCGGUCCUCAUCAAGUCCGCUCUUAGCGUGAAAUGCUUACCUAUGCUUACUGGGACUGUAUCAUGGCUGCCGCCGGAAGUCUCCGCCGCAGCUCUGGUGGAAUUGUGUAGCUCGGAUCAAUCAUUCGCGCACCUGGUCAAUCCUAAACACAGCCAGAUUCUGCCUGUCAUGGAGCGUGUAUCGAAAAAGCUUAAUGUGCCCCUAGUGCCCUACCAGGAAUGGCUGUCACGAAUCGUUGAAUCAUAUCGCAGCACACCAUUGCCGGAGGUCGACAUCCUCAAACGUAAUCCGGCUCUGCGACUUCUGGGAUUCUUCAAGGCCGCCCGAUCUGGCGAACAUCUCGAGCCACUUGGUACUGUCAAACUCGACACUAGGAACACCGUAACGGCUGCACGAAGUCUGGAUGAAGAUACUAGAGAGUUGACAGAAGAGGAUGUGGACAGGUGGAUGCGGGGUUGGUUUGAGUCGGGAUUCCUCCAGUGA